AUGGCUGCUUACAUUGCACCCGCGCCCUCGAAAACCAAUUGGACAGCACUCAGUCAAAGUGCUUUUCAAAUGAAUCAAUGCAACAGUACCUCAAAUACUGUUUAUCAACCGACAAAACCUGUAAAACCAUUUAAAACUGUACCAGAAAUAAAACGAAGAGCUUGUCAUCAUACAGUCUUUGUACAUGAUGUAAAAGGUGAUGACAUAUUUGAUGGAACAUUCGAACGACCAAUGAAAACUAUCCUGGCAGCCUUACUUCUUACACGUACUCUACGUGCUGCACAUGGUAGUGAUAAGACAUUGUGCAUGACUAUACGCGGAGGAACUUACUAUUUGGGUACAAAUGCUACUACAGCAAGUAGUCAAAUUGGUGCCAUUGCAUUAACAACUAAUGAUAGUAAUCUUGUAAUUGAAAACUAUCAGGAUGAACGCGUCAUAUUGAGUGGUGGCACAUUACUAAAAUUACAAUGGUCUGUCCAUGCCAAAAUAGCAGCUAGUGGUACAAUUAUGAAGGCUCAGAUACCAUCUUCUGUCAAUCUUGAUUUGUUCAAUGAAUUAUAUAUUGAUGGUAGAAGAGCUAUCGUUGCUAAAUAUCCGAACGGUGAUCCUUCCACUCAAGGCUUAUACGCAAAAGAUCCAGGCUUUUCAUUCGAUUCACAAAGCUGGAUACCACCAAUUUUUAACCAAAGUGUGGAAAUUCAUGUAAAAGAUCCUUCUCGAAGCGGUACAGUGUUUCCUUAUUUCCAACUUGGUUUAGGUGGUGGUGCUUCUGUUUUCAAUCCACCGAAAAACUUUUGGAGUACUGCAUCACCACCUGCUGGUAGCAACUAUGCUGUUCCUCGAGGUUUUACUGUGAAAAAUGGUGCAUUGCCUCAUAUCGGUAACUGGAGUAAGCCAAUGACCGGUUUUGUGCAUGCUUUUCAUUCUGGUUACUGGGGCAGUUGGGUAUUUGAAAUAGCAUCGAUUAAUAGUACAGAAAACACAAUCAUGUUCGGUCGAGGAGGUUUCCAAGAAGCACGUGGUUCGGGUAGUGGUGGUGCAUUUUACAUUGCGAAUAUUUUCGAAGAGCUGGAUUCGCCAAAUGAAUGGUUUUUGGACAAAGAUACUCGUACUCUCUAUUUUAUGCCAAACGAAACAAUGCCUCAAGUUUUUGUCGCUAGUCAAAUUCCGUGUCUUAUUUCUAUUAGUGGCAGUAGCGAUGAAAAUUCUGUUCAUAAUGUGUUGAUACAAGGUUUGACACUAACACAGACAAGUAAUACAUAUAUGGGCGAUUAUAUGGUACCGAGUGGUGGUGACUGGGCUGUUCAUCGAGGUGGUACCAUGUAUUUAACAAAUACAAGAAAUAUUACCAUUACACGCAAUGUAUUCACACAAUUGGGUAGCAAUGGUAUGGCUUUGAUUGAUUAA